UCACACACCAGCUGCCACACUGCUAACACCAACACUCACUCUGCCUUGUGUUACUUGCCUUAGGUUCAAUGGGGCUGGGGUUUGGAAUGGCAAGAGGGGGAAGCGUGCCUAGCCAAGAAGACACACCACACGCCACCCCGACCGCCACCGCCGCUGCUGCCACCACCGAUACCACACACCAGGCACUGCGACCCCAAAACCACAACACCGACAGCGACAACACCCCCACAGCCACACCCACACGCAGGCUUCUCCGCCACUCCGCGUCCUGUGAGAGUCGAAGUGAGAGAGGGGAGAGUGAGAGGAAGAAGCGCCAAGGCAUAAGGAAGAGUGACUCGCUAGGUGUGGGAUGUACAAAGUGGCCGUGUCAUGCCUGUAGGUUUCUCAAUCUUGCCUCCACCGACCAGUGUGUGAUCUGCGCGCGAUGGAAGACUCGUCAGCCUCUCCAGUCAUCCCAGGUCGGGUCAAGCAGUCAGCGGUGGUCAGUGGUGGGAGCAGCGUCCGCCACUCAGGGCACCCCCACCAGGGCCGCCUCUAACGCCAGGGACAAGUGGACAUGUCGCAACUGCAAGUUCCUCAACGUGUGCCAUGCCAGCGAGUGUAUCAUCUGCGGCACUCGCGGUGAGAGCAGCGGCGGCGAGUGCCUGGCCCUGGUGCCGAGGGAGCUGCUGAGCCCUGCCGGCGCUGGCCAGCAUGGCCCCCCCUCGCGGCAGGCCCUGCAGCGGGUGUUUGCGGCGGCGGCGGCCAUGAGCUCCUCUCCCGGUCUGCUGUCAGCUGCCCCGCCUGUCAAGCUCUCCUGGAAGUGCCCGCGGUGCCGCCACUACAACUCGGCCCACAGCGCCACCUGCUCCUCCUGCGUGAAGCUGGUGGGGCACGGCAGCGGUGGGGCCGUGGGGGUGGCCGCCGUGGCCCCGGUAGAGGAGGUGGAGGGCCGUCUCAUGGUGGAGAACAGCCUCUACUUCCUUGGCAACAGUGCCGCUGCCGCUGCCGCCACUGCCGCAGACACUGCGUCGGCUGUGGGGUGCCCCGAGGCGGAGUGCAACCGCUCUCCCAAGCGGCAGGUGCCGAGCGGCCCCGCCCUGCGGUGCUCCAAGCUGAGCCGCUCCGAGGCAGCCGCCGUCCCGCUCGCACCGCCCGGCCGCCACCCCGGCCCUGAGCUGGACGCCAACAGCAACCCCAGUGUUGGUGAGGGGGAGGAGGGAGGGGAGGGAGGGGGGGAAGCCUGGGCCUGCAAGCGGUGCACCCUCAGGAACCCACAGGAGUUUGAGUCGUGCGAGGUGUGCGAUGCCCCGCGCCGCCCCAACAUCCCCACCACGCUGCCCCGCCGGCCUGCCGCCAGCCCCACGGACGUGCUCAAUGGCAACUGUGGCCCUGCAGAGCAGCGUGGCCCCAUCAGAAAGUCCUGCAGCGACACGGCCAACCUGAACGUGGCCGACUCUCUCGCUAAGUUUGUGGCGGGAAGACUCACUUCCCCCACUGAGCCCCCAACCAUGUCCGGCCCCGCCCAGCCCAGCGAGGCCCCGGAGGCCGCAGCCCCCAUGGUGGUGGACCUGACGCGCCCCGCGGUCCCGGUGCUAGUGGACUUGACUCGCCCGGGUGCCCUGCGGGGCAAGGAGGAGGAGGAGGAGGAGGAGGAAAAGGAGGAGGAGUACUCCCUGGCAGAGGCGGACAUGUGGGCGUGUGCGUUCUGCUCCUUCGCCUACAACCCGUCGUGGUCCGAGAGUUGUGAUGUGUGCGGCGGCCAGCGGCAGUCCCGGGGUGCCCCGGACUCCCCCUCGGCAGAGCAGGCCAAGAACAGGGAGGUGCUGAGCCAGGGCCUGCAGGAAGACUUCCAGCUGUUGACCACCGACCUGCGGGAGGCGGGGGCCGACUCCCCGGACCAGGCCUGGACCUGCAUCAAGUGCACGCUGGUCAACUCCGGCUCGGAGAACGCCUGCCGUGCCUGCGGCGGCUCCAAGCUGAAGAGCAUCGGCUACGUGGAGGACGCCACACUGAAGCGCGGCGAGUGCUGGAGCUGCGUGGUGUGCACCCUCAAGAACCCUAUCUUUGCCCGCCGCUGCAAGGCAUGCAAGGCGCGCGUCGACGGCACCGGUGGCACUCGGGACAAGCUCAGCGCCGAGGCAAAGGCCCGUGACGCCGCCCGCCCCAAGUCUGAGCACCUCACCGGCCCAGGCUGGAGUCUGCCAGCCCAGAAGUCCCCCAGCCUGCAGCGCAUCAGCCUGGAGGCUGGCGGGGCAGAGGGCUUCCCCCCGCCUUCCCAGGACAAUCAAAAUGGCGGGGCAGAGGCAGCGGCGGCAGCAACAGCUGCAGCAGCGGCAGCAGUAGUGGCGGGGGCAGUGGCACCUGCCCGUCCUGGAGGCAAUGGGGCCAUUCCCAAGACACGCCCCACCUCUCCCCCGGCAACACAGGAGUCUGGUGGUGCCCGGGCUGUGUCUCCACCGGCCAGCAGCCCCCCGCCACCCCGGCUGGCCCUGCCCCGCCCCACCCCAUCCUCCUGGAGCUGCGGGGCGUGUACCUUCAGCAACAGUGCCUCCGCCGUGUCCUGCUCCAUGUGCGGCUCCUCCCCCACCCUUGGGGACGUGGCAGGACCAUGGCCAGGGCCGGGAGCCACCCACCGCGGCCAGUCAGAGCUGAUGGACGUCCUGAGGGAGAUGGAGGUGCAGGACGCCCUCCACCGCUGGACACGCAUUGUGCACUACUGCAGACAGAACCAGCACCCCUUCGUGGACGACUCGUUCCCCCCCGUGCCGCGCUCUCUAUUCUUCAACGCCACUGAUAAGAACGAGUCCAGAGUGACCCAGUGGCUGCGACCUCAUGAAAUUCUGACGGACUCCACAGACAACAGGAAUGUCAAGUGGGCUGUUUUCCGCACCCCACUGCCCUCUGACAUAUCACAAGGGGUGCUGGGUAACUGCUGGCUGCUGAGUGCCCUGGCGGUGCUGGCGGAGCGGGACGACCUGGUGAAGAAGAUCAUGGUGACCCGAGACUUCUGCCCAGAGGGAGUGUAUCAGGUCAGACUGUGCAAGGCGGGUCGGUGGGUGACGGUCAUCGUGGACGACCUACUUCCCUGUGACCGCCAUGGCAGGCUGGUGUACUCGCAGGCCAAGCGGCGCCAGCUGUGGGUGCCGCUCAUUGAGAAGGCAGUGGCCAAGGUGCACGGCUGCUACGAGGCACUGGUGUCCGGCCGGGCCAUUGAGGGCCUGGCCACUCUCACCGGGGCGCCCUGUGAGAGCCUUCCCCUGCAGGCUGCCUCGUCCCCUCAUGAAGAUGACAUAGAUGAGGAUCUGAUCUGGGCGCAGCUCCUCAGUUCCCGUGCCGCUGGGUUCCUGAUGGGGGCGUCCUGUGGUGGGGGCAACAUGAAGGUGGUGGAUGAAGAGUACAAGAGUCAGGGGUUGAGGCCAAGACAUGCCUACUCAGUGCUGGACGUGCAGGACAUCGGGGGCCUGCGUCUGCUGCGGCUGAGGAACCCCUGGGGGCACUACUCCUGGCGGGGGGACUGGUGCGAUGAGUCUCCCCUGUGGACCACUGAGCUGAAGGAGAAGCUGCUGCCACAAGGAGGAAGUGAUGGAGUCUUCUGGAUCUCGUUUCAGGAUGUGUUGAAGUACUUUGACUGCAUAGACAUCUGCAAGGUACACAGCCACUGGUCCGAGGUGCGGGUGACUGGUUCGCUGCCCACCCUGGCGGACCGACGCGCCCUCACACCCACACUCAUCACCGUGCUGGAGCCGACUGAGGUGGAGUUCACACUGUUCCAGGAAGGCCACAGGAACUCGGAGAACUCACAGCGUUCCCCCCUGGACCUGUGUGUGGUGUUGUUCCGCACCACAGCGUCAUCCACCCCCACCGUGGGCGCGCUGGUCAAGCACUCCAAGCGACAAGUGCGGGGCUUUGUAGGCUGCCAUGCCAUGCUGGAGCCCGGAUCAUACAUCGCUGUGUGUCUCGCCUUCAACCACUGGCAUACUGGUCUGGAUGUGUCUGACGGCUACCCAGGGUAUGUGUUGGCCAUUCACAGCAGCAAACGUGUGGCUGUGGAGCAGAUCACGGCCCUCCCCUCCCUGCUGGCCGACUCCCUGGUGAACCUGUGCCUGGCCAAGGGACAGAGACACGAGGGCCGCCAGGGCAUGACUGUCUACUAUCUCACCAAGGGGUGGGCUGGCCUGGUGGUGAUGGUGGAGAACAGACACCCUGACAAGUGUAUCCAGGUGAUGUGUGACUGUCGGGAGAGCUACAAUGUUGUGUCCACUCGCGCACAACUCAAGACUGUCGAUUCUGUGCCUCCUCUACACCGACAAGUGAUCAUCGUGCUGACUCAACUAGAGAGCAGCGGCGGGUUCAGCAUCGCCCACCGCCUCACCCACCGCCCCUCCCACUCUGCCGGCCUGCACGACUGGGGGCCCCCUGGAACCAACCACGACCCUGCCAUUGACGGCCUCACCCACGGCCUGCACUCACCCAGACCUAUAUAGACCAGAAGGGACUCGUUCAUAGACACGUGAAGGCCUACACACUCAUGGCCUGUGUAGUGUGACCUUUACUCAGCCUGCUGUGACCUGCUCUUGCCACGUGAAAGCCUGCAAUGGCCUUCUUAUUUGUGACUCGGCCUGCAGGAAUGUGUUGGCCGCUCUAGUGUUUGAUGGCCAAGUGUAGCCUGUGUCUGUGGCCUGUGUCUGGUUACUGGCCACUGUGACCUACUUGAAGCCUGCUGAAGUGUCUAGGAUGGCCAGUGUUUUGCUGGUGUGGUGGUGGUGGUGGUGGUGGUGUAGUGCGGUGGUGUGGUAAGAGAGUGGAAUGCCUUUUUACACGUCUGGUUUUCUUUCAAGUUUUGUAGUGGAAGUGAUGGAAAAAUGAAAGGAAAUGAGUUCUCUUCCACUUCCUCCUCCUCUUCGUCUUAUUCCACUACCUCCUCCUCCUCCUCCAGACAGCCUCCUGGCCACCCUAAUCAAAACAAGCCAAGCCAACAAACAAGACAAUGAACCAACGACAAUAACUAAACCCAAACAAUAAUUAGCCACAGAGAAGCAAAAGAAAGACACCAUCAUCACAUCACCCACCACUCGAGUGACUAGUUAGUGUGUCUUGGUGUGUCAGCCCACUCACUCACCCACUCACUCACUCACAAACUCACCCACAAACUCACUCACUCACUCCUUGCUGCAUGUUUUUGGCACAGAGACCAACAGUGAGGUAGCGUUCAGUGACAGUGCACGUGUGACAAGCUAUAGAGAACAGACAGACCCUGCAGUGAAUAGAGGCUGUGUUGGGGCUGUGCUGGGCUGUGCUGGGCUGUGAGGAACCAUAGCACCCCCCAUCAGGCAGUGGAGGUGCUAAGCUACACUGGACGAGGUACAGUAACAAUGCAAGGACUGUGAGGUUUUCUAUACACGGUGCCCUCUCUCAGCAGCCUCACUGAGUGUUAGUGUGAGGCAAAUAGAACUGUGAUACCGAGCUGUGUCUGGCCUGCCCCUCCACCCCUCCACCUCCCCAUCCUUCCACCCUUCACCUCUCCCAUCCCUGAACCCCCAAAAUGCAGGUGGUGUGUGCUUGUGAAAGGUGAAAAUAAUGAGUUUAAUCCAUACUGCUAUGUUAUCAAACAAAUGUCCACCUCAGGAGAGAAAGAGAGAGAGAGAGAUUUUAAAGAGUCAGUCAAUGCUGCAAUGUGACUUUCAUUUUUCGUCGUUGCAUUUUCUCUCUCUUUUUUUUUUUUUUUUUUUUUUUUUUUUAACCUUGUUUUUUGUUCUCUCACUCACUCUGUACUGUACAAUCUUAGUGUUAAUUGCAUUGCUCACCAUGGAUUUGUUUCUUAUGGCUUGUGUGUCGUUGUUAAGUGUGUUUUUGUAUUAUUUGUAUUGGGUUUUUGUACUGGUGUGUGUGUGUGUGUGUGUGUGUGUGUGUGUGUGUGUGUUUUAUCGACAAGUUUUAGAAUGAGGAGUGGCAGUACUAUGACCUGACCUAACUUAAACUAACCUGACCUAACCUGACUUCACCUAACUCAUAAGACAUCAGGCAACACACACACACACACACACACACACACACACACACACACACACACACAGUUUUGUCAGAUGUGAUGAUGCUAAAUUGAAACUGUGAUGGUUCUUUGAAAAUGUUAAUCUAGUAGUAAUAAUUUUAAGCGUCGAGAAAUUUAAUGAUGCUAAAUUGAAACGGUGAUAGUUGUCUGGAAAUCUUAAUCUAGUAGUGAAUUAAAGCCUCUAGAAAUAUGAUAAUGCUAAAUUGAAACUGUAAUGGUUCUUCUGAAAAUGUUAAUCUAGUACCGUAGUAAUGAUUUAAAGCGUCGAGAAAUUCAAUGAUGCUAAAUUAAAACUGAGAUCUAAAAAAAGGAAAACAAUUAUUAAAACAUGCCUUGGAAAUUAUAAUUAUUACAAACUUUGAAAAAAAUAAGAAAAUAAAAAUAAAAGAAAUAGAUAAUGACAACAAAAACAACAAUUAGAAUAUACCUCAGUAAAAUUCCAACACUACUUAUUACAAAACUGGCAACAUGAACAGUGAUUAGUAACGACAUGACAACUCAACAACACUUCAAACACACCGCAACAUGUACUAAAACUGCACAAAGGCGCAUGAGAGAGAGAGAAAGAAUAUUAUAACUUUGUAAACCUCAUUUGACUUACACAAAACUCUUCUAAUCUGGUCUUUUAACUGUGAGAGAGAGAGAGAGAGAGAGAGAGAGAGAGAAAAGAAUAUUAAAAUUGUAAACCUCAGUGACUUGUACAGCAAAAACUCUUCAAAUCUGGUCUUGUUAACUGUGAGAGAGAGAGAGAGAGAGAGAGAGAGAGAGAGAGAGAGAGAAGAAUAUUAGGACUUUAUAAACCUCAGUGACUUGUACAAAAAAAAUCUCAUAAAGUCUGGUCUUUUUAACUGUGUGUGUGUGUGUGUGUGUGUGUGUGUGUGUGUGUGUGUGUGUGUAGUUUCAAGACAAAAGACUAAUGAUGCCACAAAAUGAAGUAAAUCAAGACAACAACUUCCAUCACACUACAACACAAACAGAAACAAACUGCAAAAAAACAAAACCAGUUAACAAUUUGUCAUAAAAAGCAUAAUAGCAAAAAAAAGUAGAGGAACAAAUUUUGAUAACUAUUUACAUACAAGAACAAUAAAUUAGUUAACAGCACAGCAAGUAAGAACAAACCUAGACAAUUUCUGGCCAAGAGAUAGACAAUAACAGCAGGAGGAAUAAGGAAAAGGUAGACAUUAGGAGGAAAAAUAAGGAAAAAGAUGGACAUUAGAAGAAAUAUGGAAACGAUAGACCUUAGGAUGAAAAGGGAAAAGAUAGACAGUAGGAGGAAAAAUAAGGAAAAAUAAGGAAAAAGAUAGACAGUAGGAGGAAAAAUAAAGAAAAAGAUGGACAUUAGGAGGAAAAAUAAGGAAAAAGAUAGACAGUAGGAGAAAAAAUAAGGGAAGAAGAUGGACAUUAGGAGGAGAAAUGGGUAAAGGACAAUAACAGCAGUAGAAACAAAAAUAAAGAUAAACAUUAGAAGAAAUAGGAAAA